AUGAAAGUUCUAGGAGCACUAUGGGCGGUAUGCCUAGUGGGACUCUGUCAUGGUGGAGCAAAUUUAAAAGCACAAAAUCCGCCUAAGGAUGCUGAACAAGAAUAUCUUAAGCCUGGAGAGCACGCAGGCAAUUUCCUGGACAAGGUAGAUGGGUCCCUCUUUGACGCCUUGGAGUCUGUUGGAGACGGUCUCAAGGUUCUGAGGCUCUUGGCGAAGGAUGGAAUUGCCGCCAAGAGUCUCACAUUUGGAUCCGACACAAUAUGGCCGGGGAAGAAUGAGGCGACCUGUCUCCUUGCCACCAUUUACCUUGACAACAGGCAUCCCAGGUUGGCAGUGCUUACCACCAGGGAUAAGAAUAAUAAGCAUAGAAAGGUGUAUAGGUACCAUGAUGGUGAGAAAUGGAAGGGGUAUAAGGAAAAGGGUCAUGAUGCUAGGCUUAAGAAACUAAAGGAGGGUUGUAACUCUACUACACCUCAACGCGUUGCUCCCUGCAAACUUGAUAUUUUAAACCCUGACCAGACCAAGGUACAUGUAGGUGACCUGCCUUAUAAGGAAGAACAUGAACUAACUCUCAAGAAAUAUUCUCCAGAUACCGGUCGUCAUGUGAGAUCUAUUGUGGAUGCUGGAACGAUUGUUUGGGAAGCUGACGAGUAUCAAAAGUGUAUAGACGUAAAGUCUUACACAAGGGGAGAAUCCAUACUACUUGCAAUCAAGGUGGAGGAUUUGGAUGAGUUGGAGCAUAAGUAUUUUGAGAAACUGGAUGGAGCAUGGAAUGAAGUCGACGAAGAUGGAUUUAAUGACAAGGUUAAUAUAAUAAUGGGAGGGUUAAUGGAAUAUAGUGGAAAUGAGGUACAUUCUGAAACGCCAUUACAUCCUGUUGGGACAUCUACAGAUGACCAUGUAGAUGUCCCACCUCAAGGGUCUACUCUCCCUCCCCAAGAAGUAACUACUCCAUCAACUCAACAUGUAGAGCCUACUACUGAACCAAAAGUAUCUACCUCUGAAAAAUCAAAUGAGGUAGAAGACUCUGGAGAGACUCCUGUAGAAGAACUACAGCCAGAAGUUGUUCCUCCUGCAGAAUCUCCAGAGGAUGAUGAACCUGGGAAGGAAUCAGAAUCUGAUGAUAUGGGAGGGUCUCCUGUUGUAGAGUCAGAGUCAAAGCUGGUAGCCGUAAAAGAGUCUGAGCCAGUCACAAAAGAGCCAAAUUCUACUGAAUCAUUACCUUCACUGGGAGAUAGUGAGACCUCUCAAGAAGGAAAUGGUGGAGAUACUGAUGAGGAAACUCAAGAGCCAGAGACUCCAAUGGAGGAUGAGCAGGAUACCGAAGAAUCUGAUGAAGAGGAGGACGCUACUGCUGAUGGACAAGGUAAUGAGCCUAAGUAUACAAAAGAGGAAUUAGAGGAAUUCAAAAGGCAUUUGAUUAAGCUUGCCUCGAAAGUCGAUAAGAACAUAUUCAAGGUAGAUGGUAUAAAGGAAGAUAACCUCUUUGCUCUUCAACUUACUCCUAAAGAUGCUAAACCAGUAACUCAUGUUACAUAUGGUGAAAAGGAAAUAUGGUCCGGCGGUGGGCUCUUUAGUAAAUCAAAUUUAGUGGAGGCUAUAAUAUAUUUUUAUAAGGACAUUCCAGCAUUGGUUACCAUCAAGGCACUAAAAGGAAAUAAUGAAUUUAUGGUAUAUAAAUUCAGUGACUCUGAAGGUUUUUGGUAUGAUUCUGAAGAGAAGCAAUUCAACAAGUUCUUGGAGGAUACUAAAAAACAGAUAGAGAAGAUUAAAGCUAAAGAAGCUGAGAAAGCUGCUCAAGAGGAGUCUACUAGCCAGGAUGCAUCCAGUUCAGAUUCUCAACCUUCAGGUGAACAAGAGGAUGUUAGUCAACAAAUUUCCCCUGAAGCUACUAAGCAAGAAUCUACAGAACCUGCUGAACCUGAACAACUUCUAAACCCCUUCCUUUCCAAAGUAGAUGCAUCCCUCUUUCAUGUAGAAGAGUCCCUUGAGGACCAUGUCAAGGUUCUUAAACUCACAGCCAAGAAGGGCGCUGAGGCUACCAAGCUAGUGUACAAUGGAAAGGAAAUAUGGUCCGGCAGUGGAUUCUUUAAUAAAUCAAACUUGGUGGAGGCUCUGAUAUACUUUUACAAGGAGGUCCCAGCAUUGGUAACUAUUGAGGCAAACAAAGGAGGUAAUAGGUCCGUUAUUUACAAAUUCAGUGACUCUGAAGGUUUUUGGCGCGACUCUAACGAAGAGGGAUUCAACAAGUUCUUGGAGGAUACUAAAAAACAAGUAGAGAAACUCAAAGCUAGAGAAGCGGAGACUCCUAAAGAGAAUGAAUUGGAGUCCAGUGAACCUAAGGAUACACCUGAAGUUACUACUAUUCAACCUGAGGUACAACGUAAUGUUGGCAUUUCAUCUGAUAAUUCUAUUCCAACUAGACAUAAUGCCACCUCAAACUCUAAGGACGGAAUUAAACCACCGGCGACUACAUUGGCAAAUUUAAAUACGUUUGGAAGAUUUGGAUCUAUGUAUAAUAUUACCAGUGAAAUAUCCUCUAAACAAGACCUACUAGACGUUUUCGGGGAGGCAUUAAAAUUUUUGAAGGAUAAAAAUCCACUAUCUUCAGAGGUUGAUAAAAACGAAGCCCCUCCUAAAGUGUCCACUAGCUCUUCCUUGGAUAAAGAAGAAAGUGUGAGAAACACUCGGCUAACUCCAUCAAAACCUCUUGAUCCACCAGGUCCACUAGUCCUUGACCUUUCAGUGGAGUCUGCUGAUGAUGAUAAGGUUACCCUCUACAAGAAUGAUAAUGGUGAACUAAAGUACAGAGCAUUUACAUCAGAAAGUGGAAACUACUUUGAAAAGAUUUUACAUUAUGGAGUUGUAAUUUGGGAAGCUGAACCUGGUCAACGCGGAACGUUUGCGUCUUAUCAUUCUAAGGAAGAUGCUAUGCUUGUUCGUAUGUAUGUUCAAACAGAUGGACACGUUGAAAGGAAGUACUUUGAGAAAACUGCUUAUGGGUGGGCAUCUAUUGAGAAGGAGGAUUAUGAAAAGAAACUAAAUGAGAUGAAGAGUGUUCCCGCUGGGCAACCUGAACCUAAGGAAGUCUCUCCUCAGAUUCUUACCAUCAGCCAGUCUGAGCCUAGUGAGGAUGUUAGUACUCCAGUUACUUCUUCACCUGAUCAUGUUGAUGGUACUCCUAUCACCCUUGAUCUUGCAAGCCCUAACGAAUCAGAGAUAGGGAUUUUGGGAUCUGACACUAAUGAAGUCUCUACCAAGACAUAUUCUCCAAAGAAGGACGUUAAGGUUACUUCUGUUGUUGACGGUGGACUGCCCAUAUGGAAGGCUUCUGGAAAAGAAACCUUUUCCUCCGCAAAAUUGUCAUCCAGGGAUGGAUACUCAUUGCUUCUCAUUUAUCUCAAAGAUACUGGAAAUAGUUUUGGUAAGCAUUUUGAAAUGGUGGGUGGUGAAUGGAUUCCCAUUGAUAAGAAAGAGUAUGAUCAGAAGUUAAAGGAUCUCAAGAGUGGUGUGAUUAGCCAGUCUUCCUUACAAGGCUCUACAGAAUCUUCUCAGUCUUCUCCUUCAUCUGCAACAUCUCAAGCUCCGUUAGAGCAGCUACCUACUCCAGACUCUUAA